AUGGCUAAAAAGAAUAAGAAGACUCAAUCCGAUACAAAGAAGAUACUCGAUUACGAUACACCCGGUGUCGUCGGCAGUCUAGGGAGCGUGUCUCAAUAUGCUCAAGCUAAAGGUAUUUCACGUCCCAAAGCGAAAAAAGAAUUAGAGAAGAAUCUUGCCUAUACGCUUCAUAAACCGCGUCGUAGAAGAGGUGUGUUUCAACCUGUCGUCGUCUUUGACAUUGACCAACAGUGGGUAGCUGAUUUGGUGGAAGUGCAAACUCUGGCUAAACAGAAUAAAGGAUUCAGAUACAUUCUGGUCGUCAUUAACGCGUUUUCCAAAUACGCGUGGGCUCAACCUAUUAAAAAGAUGACAGGAAAAGAUGUCGUGGAAGCAUUUGUCAAGAUCCUCAAAACUGCUCAGGGACGUAAACCUCAAACCUUACAGACAGAUGCAGGAAAGGAAUUUUACAAUCAAGUCUUUCAGACUCUGAUGAAACAGCAGAACAUUCAUCAUUUUUCCACCCACGGAGAUGCCAAAGACAGUAUUGUCGAAUGA